ACUAAUCACAAAGUGGGUCUAGCCCUGCAUGUGUGCCGCAGAUACGAAUCCAUACACGUACUAGUCUACACAACUACUGCUCCUGCGUCUUUCCUAAUCAGUCAAUGCUGCACAUUUACGACUGCAUCAUCAAGGCUGAGGCUGUGCAAUAGACUUUUUUGAAUUAUACAUUAUCCGUCCGUGCACUAAGACUGUUCAUAUCCGUGCACAAGUUAUUACAACUGUACAUUCUGCCCCCUCCGUGGCCGUGUACCAGGGCGGUCUACAGUGUACAUGCUGCCCCCUCUGUGGCCGUGUACCAAGCCUGAAGUCUAGUCUGCAUUAUAUUGACGCUGUUACCAUCGUACAUUCUGCCCCCUCUGUGGCCGUGUACUGUGCCUGUUCGGGUCUCUACAUUCUGCCCCCGCUGUGGCCGUGUACUGCACCCAUAGUGAAUAUAAGAUGGCGGAACAGCCAGACAUGUCUCAGACAGCCAAGCCACAACCAUCUAAGGCAACUAAGACUAAGCAUGCCAAAGCACUGGCUAAGACUAAACAUCUUUCCAGCCACAGUAAAACCAAGCGCCCACGCUAUGCUUCUGUUCUGACCCCCACCACAGCAGUCCAGGAACAGCUAACGGAUAUAUUUCAUUCCCCCGCUGCUUCUUCUGAUGAGGAGGACUUUGCUGGCUUUCCUACACAGCCAACACUUAGCCAACCUCCUCCCGUAUUGCCGCCCAGGGCUUAUCCUCCGUCACAGUCCACUGAGCCACCUACUCAGGCACAACCAUCUGCUUCAACGGGGCUUCAGCUGUCUCAUGAGUUUCUUUCACAACUUCAGGGUAUGCUGUCAUUUUUCACUCAAAUGCAGUCACCACCACAAGUUCCCGCCAUACCUCAACGCACUAUGGACCAACACGUAUGUCAUGAGGCACACCCUUCCUGCUCCCCAAAUCCUUUUGACGUAGCUAGAGGCAGAUGUAUUGAUGACGCUUCGUAUGGGGAGGAGUCACCCUUUGCUGAUCAUGCUGAGGGAGACGAAUGGAGUGACUAUUCGGAACAUGAGGAGGAUACAUCGUAUCUCCUGUUUAAUGCCUCAGAUUAUCAGCCUCUUGCUCGCAGGGUAGUUAACACCCUUGGUCUCCAAGCUGCGCCCCCAGCAGCUACCGCUCCAGCUAUUAAAGGGGCCAGGGUUCUCAAAUCCCCUGCACCAACUGAGCAUUACAUCCCGGUGCCGGAUCCCAUCGCCAAACUGGCCACCGAAGAAUGGUCUCAUCCAUUCCAAACUCGCCGCUUCAAGAACCUGGCUGACAAACUUUACUCUCUAGCUCCUGACUUUGCCACCAAGCUGGCUGUUCCCGGCAUAGACGAGCCGAUCGCUAGCCUAGUUUCGCGAUCUCUUUUGCCUAGGGAAGGAGAAUCCCAACUAAAGGAUGCUACUGAGCAAAGAUCAGACUUCGCUCUCCGCAAAAAUUAUGAGGCCACUGCUUUCUCCAUGCGAGCCUCCGCAUCAGCUUCCAUCUUCUCCAGGGCAGCAAUGAUGUGGCUGGAUGAUCUUCUAGAGGACCCUAAUCCUGAUCCUGUUUCUCUCAGAAGGUCACUGAUAAAGUUGCGCAAGACAGCGGCGUUUGUAGCUGAUGCCACUUUGGAUGCCACUCAACUGGGGGCACGAGCCAUGACGGCUCAGAUCGUCGCUCGACGGACCCUCUGGCUUCGCCACUGGCAAGCUGACUCUACGGCCAGAGUGAAUCUCUCUAGGGCACCUUACUCUGGAUCUUUGCUCUUCGGCGAAGAAGCUCUAAAGGCAGUGCUGGUUGAUCCCAAAGACGCUCACAAACCGGUUCUGGCCACUGUCAAGAACAUCGAUCACAGGCCUUUCAGGCGAUUUCCCUCCUUCUGCACUAACCAGCCCUUUCGAGGAACGCGGCCAGGAGGACGAUGCCGCGACUUCCGAUCCUAUGACUCCAGUCCCUUCAGGGGAACCUGGAACCGACGUUUCCAGGGCAGAGGCCUACGGCUGGCUUGUCAACUUCGACAAAAGCCAUCUUCAACCGACCCAAUGCCUACUACAUCUUGGGGCGAUGUUGGACACUCUGCAGGCGAUGGUGUUUUUGUCUCCAGAUCGCGUAACUGCCAUCACAAACAUCGCGAGGGCCUUGAUGCAACAAACAACAGCAGACGUCAUGCUUCUAGCCAGGGCGCUCAGAAUGUUCAUCUCUACCAUCCAUAUUGUGCCAUGGGCUCGAGCCCACUCUCACCACCUUCAGUGGGCUUUGUUGCCCUUUCAACAGGACAUUGCCAACUCCAAUCAUCGCACAGUUCCUUUGAGCCCCGCACUGCGCCUUUCAUUCCGCUGGUGGACAAGGGUCCAACAUCUUUCCAGGGGCACUCCGUUCAGAGAACCUCGCAGGACUGUUGUCACCACGGAUGCCAGUCUCAUCAGCUGGGGAGCACACUGCAACUCCCAGUACGUUCAGGGGGUUUGGUCCACAGCAGAGCAGACUCGGAGCAUCAAAUGGCUGGAGCUCAAGGCGGUCCACUUAGCUCUACUUCAUUUUCAGUCUCUGUUCCCUUUGGACCAUGUCCUCAUUCGAACGGACAACACGUGUGUAAAAUCACAUUUGAACAAACGGGGGCACCAGGUCCCGUCCUCUGCAGGACCUAGCUUC